UGCGUAAAAAAAAGAGUUUUAGAUUAAAAUCAGUAGAAACAAGCAUCAAAAAUAAGUAUAUAAUAAUUAUUAUAACAUUAAAAAAGAUUUAAGCAAAAAAUAUAAACAUUGAUCGCUACUUAGAAUUCAUAAAAAAUGAUAGAAGUUAAUGCUGGUAGUAACUUAACUGCUGCCCAAGCAAGAAAGAGUACUUUAUUUGAGAGAAAGAUGACCUUGAGAAGAUCUAACUCAGGCUUUCAUAAACCAGUUGAAAUUACAUUAAUUGACCACUCUAUUUUAUACAACUCACUGCUGAGAGGUGUAAGCAAUAAGACAAAAAAUAGUUUUAUCAUUUAUGACUUUACUUCAAAGGAGAAUGAGUUAUCUUUCAAAGGAGAUAAUGUGAUCAAAAUUUAAGACUAUCCUGAUAUUGUAGAAAUGCUUUAAAAAAGUCCUGAUAGUAUUAAGAUAUAAGAGCUCUAAAAAUUGCUACCAAAGCAGAAAGAAGAUCUUUUCUCUAAGCGUAUGCGUUUUUAUAACUUUAUUAUUUUAAAUACCUGCAAAAGCAGUGAGUUUACUAAAAUCUUCGACAAUCAAGUUCAACAGUUCUUCUAAGAUAAUCCAGAAGUUAAAAUGGAUUUGCUUUUAAAUGGAGGAUAUUAAAAGGUCAAUGAGAAGUUUUUCGUUCAAUCUAUUAACAAUUCUCUUUUCGAAAAUCCAUAGCUUCAAGAAACUCCAGAUGCAAAGGCAUGGAAACUGGCUGCUAAUUUCCACAGUGUAAUGAAAUAAAAUAAAAUCAAAGAACUUCUAUUUUUUAAAGCAGAUACCUCUACUUUCUUUAAAAAGUACCCAUUUAUGAGUCAUUACUUAGAAUCUCUAAAUAAUACUUCUACUCUUGUUUAUCCAAAUGAAGUAUUUUAUGGACGCUUCUUUUAUGGAAAUUGGAAACAUGCUUAGUCAGAAGAAGUAUUCACAAACACCAAAAUCACUCAUGUGUUAAAUGCCACUUAAGAAGUUGAGAAUUAUUUUGAGAAGUCAUAAAAAUUGGAUGUUAAGUAUUGCAAAAUUUCGAUUGAAGAUCUUGAUGGAGUUAACAUUUAUACUCACUUUGAAAAAGGAUUUAAAUUCCUCAAGGAAGCUCUUGAAAACCCUUCAAACAAAGUUUUUGUGCACUGCGCUUAAGGAAAAUCGAGAUCAGCAACCUUUGUCUGUGUGUUUUUCAUGAGAAUGUAUGAAUGGACUUUUGAUUAGACAAUCAAAUAUGUAUCAGAUAGAAGAGAAAUAGCUUGUCCCAACCCUGGGUUUACAGAAUAAUUGAAAGAAUUUGAGAAAAAGGGAUUCUUAUUUGAAGGUGAAGAUGCAACUUUAAAAAAGGAUCAAGGGGAAAGCUUUUUACAUAUUCUAUCAGAAUUAUCAAUUUAAGAACAUGUAAUUCAUGAAUAAGAUGAGGAAUCUUGCUCUGAUUGUUCAAAUGAGGAAGAAUAUUUUGAAGAAGGAAGCAAAGAAGACUAGCUCUACAAAGAAAUAUAGAUUAGAUUCUCUACUCAUUCGAUUUAAGAAAGCACACCUAUCUAAUAAUUACAAGAAAAGAAAAGUUUCAGCAACUUUUAAUUAUAAAAAUAGGAUCAGCUUAAGAUUAAUUAGGAAGAAAUAGUUAAUUAAACAGAAAUUGAAAUUAAAUGA